CCGCCAGGCGGAAGUAGAGGGGCAUCCGGUGAACCUGCCAGAUACUUGUGGCUCACAAUGGCGGCCUCCUUGUCCGGGAAGAAGAUCGUGUUUGUCACGGGGAACGCCAAGAAGCUGGAGGAGGUCAUUCAGAUUCUAGGAGAUAAGUUUCCAUGCACUUUGGUGGCACAGAAGAUUGACCUGCCAGAGUACCAAGGAGAGCCUGAUGAGAUUUCCAUUCGGAAGUGUCAGGAGGCAGCUCGCCAGGUGCAGGGCCCUGUACUGGUGGAGGACACCUGUCUGUGCUUCAACGCCCUUGGGGGCCUCCCUGGCCCCUACAUAAAGUGGUUUCUGGAGAAGUUAAAGCCUGAAGGUCUCCACCAGCUCCUGGCUGGGUUCCAAGACAAGUCGGCCUAUGCACUCUGCACGUUCGCGCUCAGCACUGGGGACCCCAGCGAGCCUGUGCGCCUCUUCAGGGGCCGGACCUCGCAUCCAGCACGAAUGUGAUGGAAAUGAACAAAGCAAUGAUCUCCUCCGUUGACCUGCCAGCAGGGGAUAUGCCUCAUCAGACGGGGUGAGUUGUUAGUAGCGGGGAGGCUUCCCCGAGCCUCAGCAUGGCCCCUACCUCCUGCCAUGAAGAGGACCAGGGUCCUAGGCUUUCCCCUUGGAGCAGUGAUAUGGUGGGGGCACCCCAUCUGCUCUAGGGUUAACAGGGCCUCAGAGGCUGGCAUGGAAGCUGACCCAGGCCCCUGGCUUUGGUCUCCCUCCUGCUUGUGAGUCCCAGAAGCUUAGGGAAGGCCCUGUCACCUCUUGAAGAGACUCAUGACCAGGCUGAGGUUGAAGAGGGCAUAAAGCGCGAGGAAGAAACUGUUCCACAGGCCUGUCCAUGCAUAGAAGGUACUGAAGUCCAGAUUGUAGUCAUCACAGAUGCCACGGAUCACUGCAGGCGGCGGGACAGGAGUGAGCAGUCAGGGCCAGGCUGGGACCAGGGACCUCAGGAAGCAUCUCCCCGCUGCCGCCCCCACUGCACCGUGGAUGUAGAGGGCCAGGGGUGCCGUCGUCAGCAGCACCACCAGCGGCUGCCCGGAGAAGAGUGCGUACAAGAGGCCUCCAAUGCUCUGCCCAGCUAUGGUCUUCUGUACAUCUGAGGAAGCGGGGCGGUCAGGGGGGAACCGUGGCCCUGGGCUCCACCCGGCAUGCCCCACCAGGCUCCAACCCCUCACCAAUGGCCCCGUUCGUGUUCUCAUCGUUGAGGGACCCAAAAGCGAUCGUGGGCAGGAGGCAGGCGAAGUAGAGGAACAGGGUGGUGGUGAUGUAUUUGCCCACAGCUUUGUUUUUCCCGAUAAUGCCUAGGAAUGGGAGACAGGGCAGAGGGUGUGUUGGGGACACAGGACAGGCCUGGGGCCUGAGCUAUAGGCCGAGCUCCAGGAGGGCCAUGGGCCACUUACCAUCAGUGAAGUCCAGCGGGUACACAGGGAAUCUGCGCGCGAUGUCCUCCCGGAUGCCCCUCCCCAUGGGGAGAAAGUCCUUGUGCCGUGGGGGCUGGGAAGAGGACACGCAUCCAUCAGCCCUGUGUCCCUGCCCUGUGCUGCCCGCCCAGGCCACCUCUGCCCUGCACCUGCGGGGGUCUGUGGGUGCAGAUGGAGCUCAUGCUGUAGUCCUUCGUGCUGAUGCUCGGACAGUGGCUCAUUAUGGUGAGCAGCUGUCUCUGAUGUACCAGGGCCUCCUUGAAUUCCUCCUCCGUGCGGGUCUUCAGGAGCUUUUGGCGGAAGGUGAUGUCUAAGAACAUCGUGGCAAACGUGCGUCCCACCUCCGUCGCAGUCUUGGUGCUUUUCUGGGGAUGGGGCAAGAGAAUCACAUCUGUAGCCACUGUAGAGCGAAGGGUGCCCAACCCCGGCCUGGCCAUUCACGGACAGACAUUCCCAAGCACGUGGCAGGUGCUCUCCCCAUGACCUGGGUGUAGUCCCCCAGAGUUCAAGCAUAGUGGACCCUGCCACGAUUUCCACCAGGUCAGCAGAUCACUAGAACUACCAUCAACCUAGUAUUUUUUUUUAAAUAAACUCAGGUAUUAAAUCUGUGUAA